UAAGGUUGGAAAAAAACCUCUAACCUCAUGUACAACCUUCAUCUGCCUUGCUAAGCUGCACCUGGUUGCUUCUCUCAUGGCAGAGAUAUUCUGAGCACCAUUUCCCAGUGAGAUGUUAUGAAGUUCUGGGGCUCUCUUAGGGGGCUUCUGGAAGCAAGUAUGCUGACCUUGGUGUGGGACUGGAGCCACCUCUGAGGGCAGCACCCUGCCACCAUCCCUGCAGCAGUGGAUGUCCGGGGCCAGAACCCCACUUCCUUGCCAGGAUGCUCACAGGCAGCUGCCUCUGGCCUCCCCUCGAGUCCCUCCGAGGCCGGGUUAUUUUUCAAAGUGCUCCAAGGACACGGGUUGUUGUUGCUGAUAAGCAGUGAGGGGCAGCUCCGCCCCAGCAGGAACAGCCAGUCCCUGGCCUCCCAUCCGCCCAGAAAACACUGUCCCAUCUCAGCAAGCAGCAUCCUGCAAGUCUGCCACAGGUUCGGUGACUGUCCCCGUGAUGCCACACUUGUGCAGGCUGGUGAUCUGCGUGUUGCUGGGGCUGGGGUCCCUGCUGGUGGGGGCAUUGUCCCCAUCCUGCCCCCCUACCUGCCAGUGCUAUGACACCUCCAAAGUCUUCUGCUCGAAUGAGAGGAUGCGGGAGAUCCCCGAGGGCCUGCCAGGAAGUGCCACCCACCUCUUCUUCGUGGGAACAGACCUGGGCAGCAUCCACAGCGGGGACUUGGGCUCCAGCACCACGCUCACCAAGCUGGUCUUCAUCAAUAACAACAUCCAGGAGCUGGAGCCUGGUGCCUUUCAGGGGCUGCCCAGCCUCACUGAGCUAGAGGUGUCAGGCAACCCCUUGCCAGCUGUCAGCCUCGGGAUGCUGGCAGGGUUGGCCAGCCUCAGCAAGCUCUCCCUCAGUGCCAACACCAUCCGCACCCUGCAGCCGGGGCUCUUCACUGCCUCUUGCCGCCUGCAGGACCUCAGCUUGUCAGGGAACAGGAUUGAGGCACUGCCCCCAGGCAUCUUCCGCCCUCUCCGGAGGCUCCAAGCCCUGGACCUCUCACAGAAUGCUCUGGCUGAGCUGCCAGAAGGGCUGCUGGCCCCACUUGUCGCCCUUCGUGUCCUCAAGCUCAGUGACAACCUGCUGGCACGGGUGCCUCCAGGUGCUUUCAGGGCGCUUGGCCAGCUGACUGAGCUGCGCCUGGAUGGCAACCGGCUGGAGGAGCUGCCCCCGGGCAUCUUCUCCGGGCUGGGGGCGCUGCGGCGGCUGCAGCUGCAGCACAAUGCCCUGGGCAGCCUGGCCCCUGACAUCUUCACAGGUCUCCUCAACCUCACCGUCCUCAGCCUGGAGGGCAACAAGCUGGCCGCUGUGCCUGCCAUCCUGUUCACUGGCACCCCUGGCCUCCUCCACCUCUCGCUGGCUCGCAACCAGCUGGAGACACUGCCCCGGGAGCUCUUUGCUAACCUGUCAGUGCUGGAAACCCUGGAUCUCUCACACAAUGCCAUAGAUCACCUGCCCACCGGGGUUUUCCAGGGGCUGGCAGGGCUGACAGAGCUACAGCUGAGCCACAACAACCUCUCCAGACUGCCGGCGAGGCUGCUGGCCGGGCUGCCCCUCCUCACCGUCCUGCUGCUGGACCACAACCGCCUGGCCCGCCUGCCCCCGGGGCUCUUCGAUGCCAACGACGAACUGGUGCGUGUGGGGCUGGCUGACAACCCCUGGGGCUGUGACUGCCACCUCUCCUACCUCCUGCGCUGGCUCCAGAGCUUUGCUGAGCCUCUCAUCCACAACCAAGCCUUCUGUGCCAAUCCGGCUGCUCUCCAGGGCCAGUCCCUGCUGGAGGUCUCCCGCGGGCAGCUGGAAUGCCCAGGGGCGCACGGUGUCCCCCCGGAGGAAGGCUGGGACACUGAUGCUCCGGGUCAGUGCACCUACACCGACGCCGAGGGCACCGUGAGCGUGGCCUGCAAUGCCACAGCCUGCCAGCAGCUCAGCCUUCGCCUCCCGCCGCCCGGGCACGGGCAGGGCUCGGGGUACCGGCGUGCCUGGGUGCUGCGCUCCCGCUGUGGCACGCUGCAGCUCAGUGUCCUUGUCGCAGCACACAGUGGCAGCGAUGCCACAUCCCCGACUCUGCCCCUGGUGCCCUAAGGCUUGGACAGGCGUUUGCUUCUGCUCUGGCAACCUCUGAACCAGCCUGGGAAACAAACAGCUCUCCCUCUGGCUCUGCUACCGCUGCUAUGGUCCCCAGCUGUCACCGAGCCCUCUGCAACAGUUGGCCUGGUGGUAUUUAUCCUCUCAGCUUUGUGUUUCCUGUGUAUUUCAAAUAUAAUUAAAAUGUAUCUAUUA